AUGAACGCUAUGCUCGAAAAGUAUCUUCUAGAAGACCUGAAAAAAGGCAAUCCAAAUGUCAAAGUGAAAGUAUGGUGUUGGGCCGCUAGAAUAGCUGAUGCAAAAGAAUAUGAAGACGUCUUCAACUUUACAGUCAUCAGUCACCAAUUCAAUUCAAAUAAGCAAGAUCGUCAACGCGUUGAUGAGUUUUUAAAAAAACACGAACAAACCAUCCAAAAGCUCCCACCCCUGGAUCAAUAUGGACAAUUUGAACAAGUGGCCUUCGGUUGCCGUUGGUACUUCGAGAGAACCGACUGUCUUUUUUUGACUGAGAAUUUUUAUCAGAAACUUGUAGAUGUGGUAGAGACGUUAGAACACCCACUGCACGAAUACGUUGAUCGGAAAUCCUUUUGGAAAGGGUUGCAACCUUUUUAG